GUGAAAAUCGAAGGGCGAGCUCCAGUUCAAGAGGGUUUAGUCGAACGAUUCCGAUCUCUAGAAACAGAGAGGAAGAGAGUGAUGCGAGGAACUGGAGGACCUCUUCUUUGCAUUGGCGAUCUUCUCUGCGAUGUCGGAGAAGAAGAAGCCGUAGAAGGAAAGGGUUUGAAUGAAACCCCCAAAUCAAUUCCAUCUCCAUCUUCUUCCUCUUCUUCUGUUUCCACCACUCUUUUCGACCUAUCUCAACCUCCUGAUCUCCCCCAACUCUUCCAGGAAAAUUACGACCAAUUGAACAAAGUGUUUGAUGAUAAUGAUCACUCAUGGACUGCUUUGACAUUGAAGAUGUGUAGUGCUCUUGAUACUGCUACUAAGUUGGUUGAAUCAACCAACUCGAAUUCAAGAUUUUUGUUGGAGAAGAUUGUUGAGCUUGAACAUGUUUUGGAAAAGGGAGACGCUACAAGAGAGGCAGCCAUGGCCAUCCAAACUAGUUAUAGCUCUCAAAUUGCUCAAGACUCCAUUUCUUCUCUGAAUGAAGGUUAGCAUAGGCUUAUACUAAAAAGGUUUUCUCAUUAUUGAAGCAUGAUGGAAAUUUAAUCUUCGUAGAUACUUGUUUAGGGUAAUUUCCUUGUUCACGGCCUUGAUUCUUGUCUUCUUAGAAGUCAAGGACACAGAUGUACAACCUAUAGAACAGCACGGCAUUGAUUCAUGUUCUUGUUUUUCUUAUGCGGUGAGAAAAUUUUUAUUUUUAAUUAUUUGUAAUCAUAUUUUGGUUGGAUUAGAAUUAGUAAUUCAAGUAAAUAGAUUAAGUUUUAUAUUGUA